AUGACUCGUCUCAACCUCUCUUUCGUCGCCGCCUUCUUGGUCCUGGCUACCUGCGCUGUGUCUGCGCCCGCUGGCACCAAGCGUGACGAGGGCCACAGCUUCGGACUUGCCAAGGCUCUUAACGGCCUGGAGGCCCUGCCCAAGAUCAUGGAGGGUCUUGAUAACAAAGACGCCAACGGCAAGAAGAACGAGGCCGCUAAGCCCCCUGCUGUUGACAACUCCGAGAAGGCCAAGGCAGAGGACAAGGGCGAGGCAGAGGACAAGGGUGAGGCAGAGCACCCCACUGCGGCUGGAGAUGAAAAGAAGGUCGCCGAGGACUCAGCCCCGACUCCCACUGAUAAGAACCUCUACUCUGGCAACUUCGCUAGCGCCACCCCGAAGAGCUCUGUCCACCCGACCUCGAAGCCCAAUGCCCUCGGCGCUCUCCCCAUUGUUGGUGGUAUUCUGGGCGGUACCGGCGGUACUCUAUAG